GCGACCCUCGGCGAGGCCGCGCGCUGGCUAGCUGGGGCCGCAUGGGGGGCCAAGGUCGAGGCCGAGGGCAAGGCCGCCGUGGUGGACUUGAUGGCGGACUUCGGCGAGGUAGUGGAGGUCCCGCUGGAGGACCAGGACCAGUGCGACGCGAGCCUGGCCGCGGACGCGGACGGCACCAAACAGUUCGUGGUCAAGAAAAGCGUCGAGCAGCUGUCGGUCGAGGAGCGGCUCAUCGAAAUCAAGAAUCUGAUGAUGCAGGUGUGGACGCACGUGCUGCAACAAAAGGGGGGCGUCGCGGAGUCGCAGGUGGUGCUGCCUACCGUCCCGCGCUUCCCGCUGUUCGGCUCGCACGGCAAGGACGAGGAGGCCUGUGCGAGCCUGCUCGGGCAGCCGCUGGGGUUCGUGCCCUCGCUCGGCAAGCACGCGCGCGAGGACGACGCGAGCCUGGCCGUGGGCGCGGACGGCGCCAAGGGGCAAGUCGUGGACCACGGGAUGCGGGACGAGGACCCGCACGGCAAGGACGGGGCGGGCCACGUGGGCCUGCUCGUGAAGCCGCCGGGGGUCGUGCCCUCGCCCUGCAGGGACGCAGGCAGAGGCUACGAGAGCCUGGCCGUGGACGCGGGCGGCGCCUCGGAGCCGUCCGCGGGCCACGGUGCGCAGGAUGAGCUCGUGGAGAGCGGGCACGACGAGGCGGACCACGAGGGCCUGCUCGUGAAGCCGCCGGGGGUCGUGGGCUCGACGCGGACGGAGCAGUUCGCGGACGACGUGGUGAAGGGGCAGAAGGAGGACGUGGACAAGGACGACGAGAGCCUGCCCGCGGACGCAGCCGGCACCACGGAGCCGUUCGCAGGCGACGCGGUGCAGGACGAGCUCGUCGACAAGCAGCUCGGAGAGGUCGGCGACGGCCUCCUCGUGGACGCGGACGGUGCAAAGGGCCGCUGGGAUGCCUGCGUGCUUGGGCUUCCGCCAGACGAGGCGGAGGCGAAGCGGCAGCGCCUGGCGGCCAUCCUGGCCAAUGCCAUGGCAGGGUCGUCGUGA